AUGCGCUGGCGCAUUCCCUACCGAACCAUCACGAGACAAGCACCUCCGUCCACACUGUCAAACCAACAAUACCGAACUACACCACACUGCACUAGACCAACAAACUCAUCCGUACCUCCUCUCCCCAUCCAGCGCCCCGAAGCCGGCAAGAAGAUCGCCCCCAUCCGCACCCAGGCCCGGUCCGCCACCAUUCUGCCCAACUUCGUCGGUCUCAAGUUCCAGGUGCACAACGGCAAAGACUAUGUCGACUUGACUGUUACCGAGGAGAUGGUUGGGCAUAAGCUUGGGGAGUUUUCUCCUUCACGCAAGCCCUUCAUCUGGGGUAAGAAGAAAUAG